AUGCCUCCCAAAAAUGUCAGCACACGUCUGAACCCCAUCCGCCUCAACUCCAUCAACCACCUCCGUGUCCGUCGUCCGAACCAACAUGAGCAGAAUCCUUGUGUGACAGUCAUGUCCUCAAUGCUGAACUGCUGGGCUUCGCAAGGAUACAACGCAGCAGGCUGCGCUGCUUUGGAGACUCAAUUGCGCAAAUGCAUGGACCAACCGAAAUCGCAAGAAAAGAAGAAGAACACCGUCAACUACCACUUGAUGAGAAUGUACCCCAAGGUCGUCGGACCUCGCAAGAAGGACGGUGUUCUGGGCUAG